GUGGGAUUUCCUUGCGAAUACAGCACUCCGGCCUCUGCUGAAGGGCACUUGUCACAUUCGGUUUCCAUAGGGGUCGUGGGCUAAAGGACCAUUAACAAUACAUCAUGGGAGGACACGACGCAGGAACCCAGCACCAGUUCACUGGGAUCGCCAAGUACUUCAACGCAUACACAAUCACAGGGAGGAGAAAUUGUGUUUUGGCUACAUAUGCCAGCAUAGCAGCCAUUUUCCUUUUCUUCAAGUUGAAGCCCAAGAAACAGGCAGCCGUCACAGAAAAGUGAUCAUGUAUGAAAUUUGACCAUCGUUUCUAACAGCUGGAAGUGGUGAAAGCUGCUGGAUGUGCUUGUGAUAAAAAUGACUAUUUGGUUUCCCUAUGUGAACAAUAAAGAACAUUUAUGCCCAAAACAUA